AUGUCCGCCAACGAUAAUAACAACAUCCAAGAACAAUCAGUCGUUCCAACUGAGCCAAAGCUGGUAAAUGGUACUACCAAUGGAAAAGUCGCCAUCAAUCCAAAGUAUGGUCUUCCACAGAGAAACCUUGUCCACCAAAGACUACACUCCAAGAAGUUCUUUGACUCUGCCGAUUGGGUAUUGAAUGGAUCUGGAUCCAACGAAAAGUUGGAGAAUCCCGCUUUCAACAUCCCAAUGUCCAAGGUUCAUUAA